CAGGUGAAAUACAGACGCGUUCGACAAACAGUGAGAAGAGUUUUAAAAUGUCGAUAAUGCCAUUGUGGCCAAAUUUACAACCCAGAGCAACAGAUCCUCUGUGGUUCAAUGCUGAUAGACCUUGCGACGAUGAAAGCGAAGUAACUGCACUUGAAGCAGAACAUCAAGCGUGGAGAGAACAUGUUCGAGUUCAGGGUUACGACCAUAUCCCAAUUGGAAAAACAGUCAGUGACUUCAGAGGGUCAGAAGAAGAAGAGGAAGAAGAGGAAGAAGAAGAGGGUGAAGGAGAAGAAGAAGAAGAAUCCGAUACCCAUGAAGAAGAGGAGGAAGAAUUAGACGAAAUUGAUAUGGAAGUGAGCUACUCGCAUCAACAACAAACAUCCAGUCCAACAGAUACAGUGACAGAUCCAGUAUCCAUCAGAAUGGUCAGCACACAUACUGGUCGCUAUACUUAAUUAAAAUAUCGUAGUUUCAAUUUCUACCUAGAUUU